AUGGACGCAACAACUCUGAAGGCCGCGCGAGAAUUCUUCGCCGACUCGCGAAAUGAGUUCGUCGUAUAUCUCGAGCAACUGUCCGCCGGGGAUAUCUCAUGUCAGGAUGUCCCUGCAAUCCAGAUUGAGCUUCGUCGUAUAGCCCGCACACUCUCUGGGUGGAAGGAGCUUCGAAAUUAUUCCAACGAGCCGACUUGCAGUUGCUUUUCGGACCAUUUAUGCAACCUCUCAGGUAUUGUUGUAGAAGUCGCUGAUCUGGUCACUAUCAAGGGUGGGCGGCUUCCUCUUACAGUUUCGAAAAUGUUCAAUAUGCUGGCUAUGCAGGUAGGACGACUCACUAUUGAUGGUUAUCGCGAAAAGGAUGAGUAUGCGCUUAGCUUUGAUCGAUUGGCCAAGUACGAAGACCGUAGAUGGCAGAUUGGGUCCCAGGGACCGGAUGACGGUAGAGCUGCACUUCUCUUUGGCUUGUGGACUCGCAUGAGUCGCACCUCGGAGCGUGGUCCUAAUUGCAACGCCUGCAUGUGCUGA